UCACAGACUCCGUCGAGGUCGCACGCAAACCACUGGGAACGAUUCCGGAACCGGUGGCGUGGCUCGGGAACACCUUCCGGGAAGGCAUAUCUAGUGCGUUAGUGAGAGUGAGUGAGUGUGUGUGUGUGUCUUGCAUGCAUCCCGCUCGAAGGAUAUACUUUUGGGACGAAAGUUUGUCGUUCGGAAAGUGACGAGGAUUAAGGCGGCAUUGUUAUUGCUUUCAUUUUAUGUUUCAUCGCUGGCGUGCGCUUUUUGCACGUUAUCUGUCAGUUUAAGUGUCACACCGAAGAGGAGAAGUGAAAUUUUAUCUCCCAUUUCCACUUGAAGGGGACGAGGUAGGACGGAACGGUGGUGGAUCAGUGAAGGAUGUUUGAGGCGACAAAGUUCAAAGUGAUUGAUGAGCUUUUGAUGUGCGAGAUAUGUGCGCUGCACGGGAAUCCUCUGACGACCAAGUAUCAAGCAGCCUGAAGUAGUGCAGUUCUGGUGAUAUCGUGGCAGGACCCACGUGUGCCGACGACAACAAAUUGCGGUAAUGGAUCAUUUGCAGUUGGUGAAAUGUGGCGCUUCGUCGGUGUAGCAUAGGGAAAUAGAGUGAUCUAUAGUGGGCACGGUAAAACAUGAAACGAAAGGAUGGAAAUUAUAAAAGCAAAACGAUGAAUCAUGUGCAACGAUAAUUAUUUUCAUUGUUUAUGGAUAGUGUCUGUUAUUUUUAAAUUAAUUGGCAGCCUGGAAUAAUGCCAUUGUCAAGCGGCUUUGUCAGUGCCAACGUUGAAACGAAACACAGCCAACUUUUGACAGCUCAUGGAGUGUGAGGCAGCAGCACGAGCUUUGUCAGACCACCCAAAGGAUUAACUGCAGCCAGCGUGGUUAUGAUGGCCAUUAUUCUGAAAGGAUACAGUGCGUGACGGAGAAACAUGGAACAAAGGAUUAUCAGCAGUGUUCUCGGAUUACUGAUUUUCGCACAACACAUUUCUGGCGAUGAUUUAGGACUUCUAUCCAGCACACUGCGCGCCUUUCGACAGAUGAGUUGUGAAAACGAGCUUAUGACUUUAUCCUGCCCGAUAGGGACCAGCAUAAGCGUGGAAGUGGUGCAAUAUGGAAGGAAAGAGGACGGCGCCAACUCCUCGCUGCAAUGUUCCUUCACGGCCUCUGGCGAGGGUCGGUAUCCUUUUGAGGCGACCACGCUGACCGCCGACAUGCCUUUUAUCCUGGGCAACAUGACAUUUUCACUAAUGGAGGUUGGUUUCAACGAUUCAGUCCUUCCGGACAGGACGAAAAGCAAGUGUACACAGAACUAUGUGCUACAGUAUUCCAUCCUGCAAAUCGUCGUCGAAGCCUGCCAGAAGAAACGCAAAUGUACCGUCCGGGCCACGCCGAAGGCCUUCGACACUGCUCCAUGUCCCGGCAUCCACAAGCUGGUGGAAGUGAGCCACAAAUGCAGACCAUUCGAGUUCCGGAGUCUGAUUGCAUGCGAGAAGGACGUGAUACGGUUGGCAUGUGGCCGGUACACCAGGAUUGCCAUCUACAGUGCCAGCUAUGGCCGGACGGCCUACGAGAGUUCCCACUGUACGCAACCGGGCGGGUCCAAGGAGGAAACUUGCCUGUCGGCCCACACGAGUCUCACGCUGACCGAGAUCUGCCAGGGAAGACGCAAGUGCACGGUGGCCGUCGAGGGUUCCACCUUUGGUCAGCCCUGCCCGGACAAUGUUCGCGUUUCACUCAAAGUUGUUUACGCAUGUGUUGCGAGGAAUGUGUUUAGAGAUCGUUACAUCACCCCCCUGGAGGAUGAUGAAUUGGACCAGCAAUUUGAGCUCAACGAGCUGUACGAUGAUGAAUUCACUCCCGCCCCCAAUCAGGUGGACGAUUCCUCGCCCGGUGGCCAGAUGAGUCAUAAAUUCUCCGACGAGAUGGAGGCCACGGUCAAAGCCGAGAACAUUCUCACACAAAGCAAGGAAGCAACGACCUCGGCCACCGCUGGAUCCACGAUCGAUAGCCGGCUGCUCGUAAUCAUCGUCGUUAUAAUAUUCUUCAGCUGCUGUCUGUCGAUUGGGGCCCUGGUGGCUUACAAAAUGAGAUUACUGCCGUCGACGGCAGACAGCGCCUGUAUCAAGCAUUCGGAAUCGAGCGACCCCCAGUCCAACACCAACAGCAUCGUUCCGUCGAACGAGGACUUUGAUUUGGUAGAGUGCGUCGCGGAGACCAUUCCCGUGGCGGUUAAAAUGAAGCCGCCCAACUUUGAGCAUCCAUCAACGUCUGCCACCACGUUCCUGCCAACGUUUAAAGUUUUUAAUCAUCCGGAUGCCGUGCCCCAGAUAUCGACCACCAUGUUCAUCCUGCCAAACUACAUCGUGGGCGAUUUGCCCGGAAAUAGAAGCCAACAGCAGCAGUCGACGACGGCCAGCGAAAAUCUGAGCAUGACCAUAACGGAUGUGACGACAUCCGGUGCCGGUUCCGGUGCUGACCCGAUGGCGUCUUCCUGCAUUCAGUGCAACUUUUUGGGCUGGCAGGGACCGACCACAACCACAGUGACAUCUGGUGGCGUCGACCACAACCAAAAAUCAACUCUCCGUCGCAAUCAAUCAUACAAAAUGCCGGAAACUGAACGAAAAAUUUGUCAGCACGAUUCUUUUUUAUGGCUGGGCUUGAAACUCGGGGUGAUGUAAAUCUGUAGGGUAAAGUUGUCAAGAUCGAUUUGAACAUCAUUUAAUCAUCAAAGGUUUUAACCAAGUUUUUGUUUCGGUUGCUUCCGCGUUCGGGACGAAACACACCAACGUCCUGUGUCAGGAGCUAUUUCACCCUUCUCGAUUUCACUCUUUGAAAUCCUUCUUGGCAGCUUUACCCAUUCACGGAAAGCUCGCGACAAACCGGCAUUUUUUGCCCCUGCAUGUCGCCAGCGAAGACGACGCCGAAAGUCUCAAAAUCGAGGACCACACGUGGCACAUGGAACACGUGGAUGAAGGCAAAACCGUGCGUCACCAUCACCACCGAAGAGAAAAUACACAUACAAACACACAACCACGCUCAAGUGAAACGAUAAGAGAAAGGAAAUAUCCAUUGAUGUAUCAAAUUCGCAAGAACAAAAAGACAAAAAAAAACAAGAAAAGCUCUAUCAUAUAGAGUAUCAAAAGCUCCACAUCCCAACAAGGUGUUUCACCAUGAAGGCUCUCAAACUGAUGGUAUGCAGACGACCCGUGAAGGAAAUUGGAUCAUUUCAUUUCCCCCCUGGCCCUUCUCGUAUUAUUGAUCUAAUAAGAGAGUAACGAACACAUACACACAGACACGUUCUCGAGAUGAAUCGAGGGCACUCUGUUCACACCUGUCGAUGUAAGCGAUGAAUGUAUAUAAAUAAGUAAGGUUCAAAAAAAAAAAAAGGAACAGAACACAACCCAUCUCAUUGUGAAAGAAAGUGGCAUCAAAGUAUGUAACAACGUUAAAGUGGUUAAAUAAAUUUUCUAAUUAAAAUUAA